GCCAUGUGGACGGAGUGCGGCUGGGGUCGCAGGACAUCUGCAGCGGGCAGCAGGCGGAGCAGCUGGCCGCCAGGAUACAGUCCGGUCCGCUGCAGGUGCUGCGGGUGGUGGUGCGGGCUGUGCAGCGCCACCCGCCCCCGCCCUUCACCACCGCCAGCCUGCAGCAGGAGGCCAGCAGGCGGCUGGGCUUCGGAGCGGCGCGAACCAUGAGCCUGGCGCAGCAGCUGUACGAGGGAGCGGGCACCGGCGAGGGCCUGAUCACCUACAUGCGCACCGACGGGGUGGCCAUGUCGCCCGAGGCGGUGGCGGAGCUGAGGAGGGCCAACACGCACUUGUACGGCGCCGCGGCCGUACCGCCGCAACCCAGGCAGUACAAGAGCCGCGCCAAGAACGCGCAGGAGGCCCACGAGGCCAUCCGCCCCACGCGGCCCGCCUCGCUGCCCCCCGCCGCGCUGCCGCCCGACCUGCCGCCUGACCUGCGGGCGCUGUACGAGCUGGUGUGGCGGCGGGCGGCGGCCUCGCAGAUGAGCAGCGCGGUGUAUGAGGUGGUCACUAUCGAGCUGGCCGCUGACGGCGGGCGGCUGGGACUGCGAGCCGGGGGCAGCCAGCUGCGUGACCCGGGCUUCCUGCGCGCAUACGAGGACGUGAGCUGCGGAGAGGAAGAGGAGGAGCAGCAGCAGGGGCGGAGGGGUGCGGAGGGGGAAGUGGAGGAGGAGGAGGCAGCGGCGGCUGCUCUGGUGGCUGGUGGCAGCAGUGCGGGCAGUCGGGAGAACCAGGGGCUGGCGGCGCAGCAGCUGCUGCAGCUGCAGCCGGGCAACCUGCUGCAGCUGCAGCGGCUGCACGUCACCCCGCACGCCACCCGCCCCCCUCCGCGCUUCACCGAGGCCAGCCUAGUGCGGGCGCUGGAGGAGCGAGGCAUCGGGCGGCCCUCCACGUACGCACCCAUCAUGUCGCUGCUGCAGGACCGCGGCUACGUGUCGCGCGAGGGUCGCUCCCUGGUCCCCACCCCGCUGGGCCGCGUGCUGAGCGCCUUCCUGGAGCACUACUUCCCCACCUGGGUGGAUUACGACUUCACCAGCGGCAUGGAGGCCAGCCUGGACGACAUUGCAAGCGGCAAGGCUGCCUGGCGCCACGUGCUGAGCUCCUUCUGGGGUCCCUUCAGCUCCGCAGUGGCGGCCAUGAGCGCCGUCAGCACCACCCAGGUGUUCGACACGCUGGAUGCCGCACUGGCGGACUACCUCUUCCCGCGCCGCAGAGCAGGUGCCGCUGGUGCGGGUGCUGCUGGUGCUGCCGCGCCGCUGCUUCCGGAACCUGGAUCUAGUAACAACAGCAGCAGCAGUAGCAGCGGGGGUUCUGUGACCAUUGACGUUGUCGCAACGACGGUUUCGAGGACGGAGGGUACGGAGGGUGUGUUGACGAGAGAGGCAGGGGCAGCGGAGGCCUGCAGCGACCCACGGGUCUGUCCCAAGUGCGGAGUGGGGCGGCUGGUGCUGAAGCCGUCCAGGCACGGUGGCUUCAUUGGCUGCACCAAGUACGCUGACCCAGACAUCAAGUGCGAUUACGCGAGGCCGCUGUUGCCUGUGAUUGAGGGCGGCGAGGGCGAGGGCGAGGCCGGCGCCACCCCCGCCAGCGCCACUGAGCGGCUGCUGGGUCGGCACCCGGACAGCGGGGAGGCCGUGUGGGUGCGGCUGGGGCCGUACGGGCUGUACGUGCAGCUGGGGGAGCUGGCGGCGGGCAAGAAGGCAGCGGGGGCCAGCAAGGAGGAGG